UGCGUAGGGGAGGAUGGGAGCGUGGGAGUUCUGCGGUGGCCGCGGCCUUCGUGGUCGCGUCUCGGUCAGGCGUCGCUUCUUGCUGCUUUUGCCUGGGUAGCGCGAGGCCAUCAUUAAUUCCGGAGGGCUUUGUCCCAAAGUCCCUGUGGCUCCUUGAAGAAGGCACAUUUCUACCCCCCAGAUGGCGUCCAUGCACCCGACUACCGAGGCCCAGGGACCAGUGCUGUUUGAGGAUCUGUCUGUGUAUUUUUCUCAAGAGGAGUGUGUGAGUCUGCACCCUGUCCAGAGUUCCUUCAACAGAGACACCAUACAGGAGUGUUUCGAGGAUAUGACUUUGAUGGGAGAGGAAGGCAAGAGUGAGAUUAAUCAGCAAUUAAGCCUAGAGUCUAUGGAACUUGAAGAACUUGCCCUAGAAAAGUACUCUAUUGCUGCACCCCUUCUCCAUUACCCAGAAAAAUCCUCUGAGGGUGGAGUUGGAAACCCUGAAGGGAAAAUAUCAACUCCCACUUGCAAGAAAAAGCUCAUAAGCCUUUUAGUUACCAUUGAAAACCAUACCCCAUUAGUAGAACUAUCUCAGUGUUUAGGAACCAGCGCACUUUCAGAAAUUCUUGAAUUUCCCUGGGAAGAAGCCAAAAAUGUGUUCAAGUGUACUGAAUGUGACCAAAGCUUCAGUGAUAAUUCAUACCUUGUUUUGCAUCAGAAAAUUCAUUCAAGAGAGAAAAAAUAUAAAUGUGGUGACUGUGGGAAGAUCUUCAAUCAUAGAGCCAACCUGAGGACACACAGGAGAAUCCAUACUGGUGAGAAGCCUUAUAAAUGUACCAAGUGUGAUGCCAGCUUUCGCCAGCAUUCACAUCUGUCCCGGCACAUGAAUAGCCACAUAAAGGAAAAACCCUAUACAUGUGGUGUAUGUGGGAGGAAUUUUAUGUGGCUCCCAGCAUUAGCACAGCAUCAGAAAAGCCACACUGCUGAAAAAGCCUAUGAAUGUGCCAACCAUGGUAAAUCUGUUGGUCAGAAGACAAAUCUUGCUUUGCAUGAGAAAACAGACACAUCAGCCACGGAGUACCAGGACACUAAGUGCACGAAGAACUUCGGGCAGCCUUCACAUCCUGCCCUCCCCAAGGACCAGGAGGAGGACUCUGAGCGCUACAGUGAUGUUGGUGAAAAAUUUUUUUCAUUCUCAAAAUUCAAACCCUUACAGUGUCCUGAGUGUGACAUGACCUUUCCUUGUUUCUCUGAGCUUGUUUCCCAUCAAAACACUCAUACAAAGGAAAAGACCCAUAAAUGCAAAAUAUGUGAAGAAAGUUUUGCUUUGGAUUCAGAACUUACAUACCACCAGAAGAGCCACACAGGAGAGGAACCUUUUAAAUGUACCGUGUGUGGGAAAAGUUUCAGGGUGAAGAUGCAUCUCAUUACUCAUAAACGAACCCAUGUGAAAAACACCAUGUAA